UUCAUAUGAAAUUUAUGGCUCUGUUUAUGAUUUAUCAAAUUACUUCAAUAGCAGAAAUGGAAUUUAUGUUUAUGAUUCAGAUUUCUAUUAGUAUAUUCAUGUGGAUAAGUUCAAUUCGAGGAUGAAAUGUAUCACCCUUUCUCUGUUUUUAUUUUUUAUGAAAGCAAUUCAAUAGGUUUGUAUAUUAUGUAAUUCUGCUAAAUGGACUUUAACAUCUCUUUUGGCUCAUUACAUAGAUUUUAGAUUAAAAAAAUAAAAAUAAAAGAAAGGCAAUGCGAUUUGUAUGUGCUGUGUGCAUAUGGAUGGCUAUUCGUUCCAUCGGUUUAUGUAAUUUGUCUUCUUGUUAGACGGAUGGCACUUGAAGCAUCAUCCGAGUUUACACCAGAGGAUUUUAUUAGCAGCAUGCCUGAUAAUGUGAUAACUAGUAUUCUGCAUCGGAUGCCGUUACAAGAUGCAGUUAGGACUGGUAUCUUGUCGAGAAACUGGAGGUUUAAAUGGACUAUGCUUACCCAACUCCUAUUUGAUGACAACUUCGUUUCGUAUGUAUUAGAAACACAAGGCCAAAAUGGCUUUUGGAAAACUAUAAGUAGACUUCUUCUUCAUCUUAACGGCGCCAUAACAAAGUCUGUCGUUAUCCUCGCCGUAUUGGACGUGGAAGACAUUCAUCACCUCAUUUUGUUCUUGUCCAGAAAAGGGAUUAAGGAACUCACUCUUACAGAUUGGACUAAACCGCACGUGAAGUUGCCUACCCAUCUUUUCUCUUGUUUAGAGUUGAAACGUUUGAAUAUUUCUGGCUGCGGCUUCACUCCUCCACCUAGUUUUCGUUGUUUUCCGAACCUAUUGAGCUUAUCAUUACACGGCGUACAUUUUAAAGGCACUGACCUUGGGGAGUUUCUUACUCGGUGUCCCUUACUUGAGACUUUGGACCUGCUUUAUAUUACUUAUACAGGCAACGUUAAACUAGUCGAGAUUGCAAAACUGGAAAAUCUUAAAAUAUUAUCUUUGUCAUUGUCUCUUAUUGAGACGAACAUAAGUUCUUGUAUUGUAUUUGAGCUCGUGGGUUCUCUUCCAAAACUUCAAGAGCUUGGUUUGGAUUUUCUAAGCUGCAGGUUGACGGAAGGUGGUGCUCAAAAGAAGUUCCCCAUCGCCUUUCCCUCUCUCAAGGCAUUUAAAGUAACAAGAAUAGAUACAGGCAACGGUAGUAUGUUAUCAUGUGCUUUAGAAAUUAUCAGACACUUCCCAAAUUUGCAGAUUUUUGAAAUUGCGCAUGUUUCUGAGCACAUUUCAAUUCCAUUUCCAAUUCCAGAGGUAGAGGUCACCAUGAUGGAGCUUCGGAGGGUGGUGUUUGCGCUUUUUAAAGGUUCAGAGAAUGAAGUAUGUUUGAUAAAGUAUUUCCUUGCGUGUUCUCCUUCCCUGAAAAAGAUUGUUGUUCAUCGCGACUGGUUUCUAGGGUCCGAUGAACAGUUGAUAUUUACUAAGAAGUUGUUGAAGCUUCAUCGAGCUUCCCCGGUAGCAGAAAUCGAUUUUGAAUAAUUUUUUGUUGUUAACUUCUCUUUUAUGGCCUCGUUGUGUAUUUGACAAAAUUAUAUAUUAUGUUAUAUUUGAGGGAUUUAUGUGUAACUUUAUAAUCUAUAUAUAGUCCUUGUAAUCUUCUAUUAUGAUA